UACCAAACCCUAACCUAAACUUUUUCUGGGGAUCUCUUUUUGGUCAUCUUCUCCAAGGAGAAGAAGAGAACAGCAAGCCGCCGCACCUUCACCCCUCUCUCGCCGGAAAACACCACAACCAAACGACCCUCCGCUACUCUCUUCUUCUCUCCCUCACGUCGCCACCCUCUUCUCUCGAUCUCUCUGACGAAGACGCCGCCACACGACGGCAGCAGCAGCUGCUCCGCGCCGCGACCAGCAGCAACAACACGCCACAGCAACCACCAGCUUCUCCUUCACGCGUCGGACAGCAGCGACGGCAAGCAGCGACGGCAGCAGCUCCUCCACGUCGCAGCCGGCAGCUCCGACGCCACCAGCAGCCUCCAGCGCCGCGACCAGCAGCAACAACACGCAACAGCAACUCCGGCGACGACGCACAGCAGCGACGACGCACAGCAGCAACACGAGCAGCACCGCCAUUACAGAUCCAUGUUGCUUCAAUAAAUCACCAUUCAUCUCCGUUUUUCUUUCAUCAUCUAUGGCUCAACAAGAGGGGUUCGCUGAUGGCCAACUGAAGAAACCAUCAGCCAAAUCGCCGGUAAUUCCUUGGAGGACUCGUAUUGUGCUAUCCUUCGUCUCUGUUGUUACCGACUAUUCUCGCCGUCAAAACGGCACCGUCAACCGCACGCUACUCGGGAUCUUCGGCCUUAAAACUUCGGCCAAUUCUAAUCCAGUUAACGGCGUUAAGUCCUUCGACGUCACUGUAGAUCCUUCUCGCGGUCUCUGGUUCCGCCUCUUCGUUCCGACUACCGAUGAAUCCCAGAAUUUGAGUUCACUCCCGAUCAUCGUUUUCUUUCACGGCGGCGGAUUUGUGUAUCUUAGCGCGGAUACCAAGGUGUACGACGCCGUUUGCCGCCGUUUCGCGAGGAAAUGCCCGGCCGUUGUUGUCUCCGUUAAUUAUCGAUUGGCUCCGGAACACCGGUAUCCUGCGCAGUACGAUGAUGGCUUUGAUGUGCUCAAAUUCCUUGACAAUGAGAAGAACCGUGAGCUAUUGCCGGAAAAUGUCAAUUUGUCUUGCUGCUUCCUCGCCGGAGAUAGUGCCGGCGGGAACCUCGCUCAUCACGUCGCCAAACGAGUAUCGGAAUUGACGUCGACCUUUGAUGCACUAAAGGUAAUUGGACUGGUGGCUAUACAACCCUUUUUUGGAGGGGAAGAAAGAACGGAGGCAGAAUUAAAACUAGUAGAUGUUGACGCAUUGAUAUCAGUGAGACGAACAGAUUGGAUGUGGAAUGCAUUCAUGCCACCAGGUGAAGGGAUGGACCGUGACCAUGAGGUUAUUAAUGUUUGCGGUCCAAGGGCUUUUGACAUAUCAAAGCUGGACAACUUCCCAGCAACCUUGGUAGUCGUGGGUGGUUUUGAUCCCCUUAAAGAUUGGCAAAGGAGGUACUAUGAGUGGCUAAACAAGUCUGGCAAAAAUGUUCACCUCUCAGAGUAUCCAACUAUGGUGCAUGCUUUCUACAUUUUCCCUGAAGUUCCUGAAUCUGCACAACUAAUUCUUGAGGUUAAGGACUUCAUUCAUAAGCAAUGUUCUAAGGUUGUGAAGAAUUGAUGUGCCAUGAUUCAUCAGCAACAAAGAUAUCAAAUCAUAUGUGUAGUAGUAAUAGGGUUCUCAAGGAGCUUAAACAAGUGAAGAGGCACAUAUUCACGAGGACCAACGAGUAUGUGAUGUUGUAAUAAACAAAUUGUUGCUACUUUUUUUUUUU